GCCCAACUAAUUUAAUGAAUGAAUGUAACCAUAUAACGUAGUGUUAAAGUGAUAGAAACGGGUAACGUAACGACAACAACCGCUCUGCAUCUCUUUUCUUCUCUCAACUCUCUCACAAUGCAAUUCUCACUUUCAUCCUUUUUACGUUUUCUCAUUUCGAACUUUCUAGAACCCCCUCACACUCCCUCCUUCUAUCUUCAUCUUUUCUUUCCCAAUUCCAUCAUUAGGGGACAUUUUCGGAAUGAAUCGUAGUUUCAGAGCUACGGAAUCGAAAAUGCAAACUGCGUUGAGGCAGAGGAACCAUCAAUUGUUGCCGUCUUCCUUUGUUAUGGAUAAGGAUGAUGAGCUUGCAUUGUUUCUUCAUAUGAAGAAUUGUGAGAAUGAUUGUGAUGAUCUUUUGCUACGACCUUCCACUGAGGAAUUCGUUGAUGCAGCAUUAGGCUCAAAUCCGAGGAAUUCUCCCUUAUUUAACAUUUCGUCAUCAACUCAUGGUCCUGUGCGUAAGACUGGUGUUGAUGAUUUUCUCAAUUCUGAAAGUGAUAAGAAUGACUAUGACUGGCUUCUAACUCCUCCUGGGACUCCCCUUUUUCCUUCUUUGGAGAUGGAAACUAAAAAAACUGUUAUAAGUCAGCUGGGUGCUUCAACCACACGUCCCAUGGAAUUAAAAUCUAGAUUGGCAAAUCCUCCAUCAGAACAUAGCAGAAGGAGUAACUUGGUAUCCAAGCAACAAGCUUCUUCUCCUGGGGUGACCUCUUCAGGUGGUGGACUCAGGAGGCCCUCAUCAUCAGGGAAUCCAGGAUCAAGAGCUGCAACUCCCACGGGACGACCUGCACCGACCAAGUCUUCAAAAUCAUCUAGACCUUCAACACCUACUUCUCGUACAUCCAUACCUACAACUAGGACAUCCAUACCUUCAACUAGGCCAACGGUAGCCACAACCAAGCCCGUUGUUUCUUCUACGAAGACUACAAUUCCUGUCACCAGGACCACGACAGUUCCUGCAGCUAAACCCACAGUUCCUUCUAGGUCCUCUACACCCUUGUCAAGAUCUACUGCAAGAUCUUCAACACCAACUAGCAGGCCUAGCUUACUUACUCCCAGGUCUGCAUCAACAGCAUCAACGCCUACUCGACGACCAUCCACACCAUCAAAUGCACCCAGCAUAUCUGCUUCUUCAGUUAAAACUUCUUCAAUCUCCAAGCCAGCUCCAGUGGUGUCGAAGCAGCCAGUACCAUCACGUGGAACUUCACCAACAGUGAGAUCAAGACCAUGGAAGCCAACUGAGAUACCUGGCUUUUCACUUGAUGCUCCACCCAAUUUGAGGACGACACUUCCGGAAAGGUCACUUUCAGCAACAAGGGGAAGACCUGGAGCACCCGCUGCGCGCUCUUCGUCUAGUGACCCUGCUUCUAGUGGCAGACCAAGACGACAAUCAUGCUCUCCUUCUAGAGGACGGCCUGCCAAUAGCCUUUCUCAUACAAGUGGAAGCUCUAUGCCUGCAGUUAAUCGUGGGUACUCCAAAGUGAAUGAAAAAGUCAGUCCUGUUUUAAUGGGAACCAAAAUGGUUGAAAGGGUAAUAAACAUGAGGAAAUUAGCACCUCCUAGUCCUGAUGUCAAAAACUCCCCCCAUAGAAAUCUAUCUGGAAAAUCAUCUUCAUCUCCAGAUAGCACUGGUUUUGGAAGAACACUCUCGAAGAAAUCCUUGGAUAUGGCUAUUAGGCAUAUGGAUAUAAGAAAAAGAGCUCCAGGAAAUUUACGGCCAUUGAUGACAAACAUUCCAGCUUCUUCAAUGUAUAGUGUGCGGUCAGGAUAUCAGCGUAGCCUAACUGUCAGUGUCUCGGGUUCUCCUCAUGCCACUAGCAGUAAUGCUGGUUCUGAAGUAAGUGUAAACCAAAAUGGUCUUUAUUCAGAUUACAUUGAAGAAAUAGAUUAUGAUAUGGUGAGUGACAGAGGUGUUCAAUCUCCUGCCAAUGUGCAGGGCAGGUAUAAGCCAUCAUACUGAGUUUCGGAGAUAGUGGAUUUUCAUUUUGAGCUACCAUGAUUUAAUUGAUGUAAAGUUUAUUGGAAAUAAGACAACCUUGUGUAAUUGAAGGUAUUUGUAGUUAUAGGUAGAUCAGCUGUAUGUUGAAAUGGUAAUACUCUAAUUCUUUAGGCGUUAUUUAACACGAAAAGUCAGAAAACUGUUUUGGAAAGCUAGAAAUGAAGUUGCAUUGUAUUUUUAGCUCAA